GGGGAAGCUGUGGAAAAGGUUGGGACAGAGUGAUGGGAGGGCCUUCUCACCUAGGCUUAACCCUAUGGCCGCUUGUUGUGUGGUUGAAGAGCUAUGGUUCAAUUGCAAGUGAGAACUGCAGAUCUUCUCUAUGCUUUUCUUCAUUGUAAACUAAAAAUGACCUGAAGUAGCUGAGAUCUUGUACAAGCCAGAUGCAUCGACAACUAGCCAUCUUUAGUCACCAAUUUAUUUCAAAUUCCAAUAUUUUACGGACACUUAGCAACUCCACUUGGAUAUUUUCUCAACCUAGUUGCAGAAAUCAUGUAGCCAAUGGUUUUGCCAACUAUCGAUCACCCUCCUUUAAUCCAGUGCGCCCACAUGCACCAGAUCCUAAUGAUCCCUCCACUUUGAUGAAGGAGGAUGGGGUUUCAGUUUGUUGUCAAAUGUGGAUUGAGAAUUACCGUGAACCUGAUAGAGUUGUCACCAACUUGACUUCAUAUCUUCGUCGGUUUGAAUUGUGGGUAUUGGCAUACCAGAAGGUUUGUGCUGAUGAGACAGGUGCUUAUCUUCCUCGUAAUGCUGUGCAAAGGUCGGCUCUGGAAGAUUUGUUGGCUCUUAGAAAUGCUGUUCUUGAUAAUAGGUUCAAAUGGGGAGCUCGGCUGGACUUCUUUAUAAAAUCUCCCAAGGAUAAGACUGAUUAUCAGUCCUUGUCAAAGAGAAAGAUUAAAGCAAUUUUAACUACUACACAGCCAGCACCAUUUCAAGAUAAAAUUGUUCAGGAGGUUUUGCUUAUGAUUUUGGAGCCAAUUUAUGAAGCUCGGUUUUCACAGAAGUCAUUUGCAUACAGACCAGGAAGGAAUGCGCACACAGUCCUGAGGGUAAUUAGGAGGAAUUUUGCAGGCUAUUUGUGGUAUAUAAAGGGUGAUUUGAGUACAAUUUUGGAUGGAAUGAAGGUAGGCCUAGUGAUAAAUGCUUUAAUGAGAGAUGUGAGGGACAAAAAGAUUAUCGACCUAGUGAAAGCAGCAUUGACAAUGCCAGUCAUCACCAGUACUGUUGAUGAUGGGGAGAAAAAGAAGAAGAAGAGGAAGUACCAGAAGAAAAGGGUGCUAGCAGAGGAUGAGCCCAAGCCUGAUCCCUAUUGGUUGGAAACGUUUUUUGGAUUUGCCCCUGAGGAGGCAGAGAAAAUUCCAAAUUGGGGGCACUGUGGAAUUCUUAGUCCUCUGUUGGCCAACAUUUGCUUUGAUGAGUUGGACCGCUGGAUGGAAGGGAAGAUCAAGGAGUUUUAUCGUCCAUCAAAAAGUGAUGUCAUAUGGAACAGUCCUGAAAGUGAAGCAGAGCAAGGAAACACAUCCUGGCCAGAAUUUGUGCCCACAAGUGGACCUGAUAAAACCCGGAAGAUGGAUUAUAUACGUUAUGGAGGGCAUAUCUUAAUUGGUGUUCGUGGUCCAAGAGCAGAUGCUGCAACACUGAGAAAGCAAUUGAUUGAGUUUUGCGAUCAGAAGUAUAUGCUUAAGCUUGAUAAUGAGAGCCUCCCUAUAGAACAUAUAACUAAAGGUAUAAUGUUUCUUGAUCAUGUAUUAUGCAGGAGGGUGGUCUAUCCAACCCUUCGAUACACUGCUACUGGUGGCAAAAUCAUCAGUGAAAAGGGCGUAGGAACCCUUUUAUCAGUCACCGCAAGUUUAAAGCAAUGCAUUAAACAAUUCAGGAAGUUGAACUUCCUGAAGGGAGAUAGAGACCCAGAUCCUCAGCCUUGUUUUAGAAUGUUUCAUGCCACUCAAGCUCAUACCAAUGCUCAAAUGAACAAGUUUUUGUCAACCAUGGUUGAAUGGUACAGGUUUGCAGACAAUAGGAAAAAAGUUGUUAACUUUUGCUCUUACAUAGUACGGGGUUCCAUUGCAAAGCUAUAUGCUGCUAAAUACAAGCUCCGUUCACGAGCAAAAGUAUAUAAGAUUGGUUCCCGAAAUUUGAGCCGUCCGUUAAAGGAGAAAAAAGGCCAGUCGCCUGAGUACCAUAAUUUGCUGAGGAUGGGUCUUGUUGAAUCAAUUGAUGGCCUCCAAUAUACUAGGAUGUCUCUUGUGCCUGAGACAGACUACACUCCAUUUCCAGGUAAUUGGAUACCGGACCAUGAAAAGGCAUUGCUAGAAUAUAUAAAACUUGAGGAUCCAAAGACUUUGGAGGAACAAAGGAGUUCCAUGAAGGAACAAGGCCUUGUUUCACCUCAGGAUUACAUCUCUAUGCUUGUUUGGAAUUACAAAAGAAGUUCUUCCUUGGUAGAUCAGGUUUCCUUAAUGCAGAGUGACGAAAGCAUUACAAAAAGCAAUCAGCAAUUGCUGGAAGGCUCCGACCAGGGCAAACAUAUUGACGUAGGCAAAGAAGAGGAAGAUACUGAUGAAAGGAUUGAUGAAGCACGGAUGUCACACAUGGUUUUGUAAUUCUGUAAUUUUUAUCUAGUAAUCUAUAACAUGUCAUUAUUAUUAUUUUUUUUCCAAAAGAAUGUUGCGAGAAAUUUUGGAGUCUCAAGUGGCAGAAAAUUUGACACUUUGAAGGUAGAAGUUUUCAAACUAUGUUUAGCCUGGUCCAUAUAUGAUGAUUAUCAGUGCACUUGUAAAGUUCUUUUCUAGUGUCUUAACUACAGCAGCACGCUGCAUGUUGAAUAAUGUAAUUAAUACUCUUGAAUAUGAUAUUGAGACCUAAGAGCGUAGAAGACUAAA